AUGAAUUUGUUAAAUAAUAAUUUGCUAUAUGAGAAAAAAAAUAGAUAUGAAGAGAAUGAAUUAAAUUAUUCAAACAGUUUUCUUGAAGAAUAUUCAUUGAAUGGUAUAAAAAAAAAUUAUGACAAUAAUUUAUGUGUAAAAUGUAAUUGUUUGCAAGGAAUGAAUAGUUCAUGUGAGAUAAAUAAGAUUGAUGAAGAUAUAAUAAAACAAAAAAAUGUUUUAGAUAAUAAUAUAUUUAAUCCUCAAAAUAAUUUCAUUUUAAAUAAUAAUAUAAAUAAUAAUAAUAAUAAUAAUAGUAAUAUUCAUAAUAAUAAUAUUCAUAAUAAUAAUAUUAUAUAUCCUGUAAAUUCAGCUAAUAUCAAUCUAUUGUAUGAAUCGCAAAAUAAUUUUUGUGCUUUACAUGAAUGUGUAGAUACUCAAUACCAUGCAAACAUGAAAAAUACUUUAAUUAAUUCAAAUUCUUUAAAUAAUAAUAUUAAUAAUAAUAUGAACAAUAUAUUUAAUACAAAAAAAAGUAAUACGCAUAAUAUUUUUCAUACAAAUAAUAAUUUAAAAAAUUUGUUAUGUCAAAAUAUUCAUAAUAUUCCAAGUAACAAUAUAAAUAAUUCAAAUAAUCAUAUUUAUAAUUCUUUAUAUAAAAAUUUUAAAAAUAUUGCCAAUCAAAGUAUAAAUAUAUCCACUCAAAAUAUAAGUAAUGCUGAUCAAAAUAUAAAUAUAGCAAAUCAUAAUAUAAAUAAUAAUAUAAAUAGUAACAAUAAUUAUAUUAAUAAUAAUAUAAACAAUAACAAUAAUUAUAUUAAUAAUAAUAAUAAUAAUAAUAAUAACAAUAUUCAUAAUAUUCAUAAUAUUCAUAAUAAUAAUAAUAUUUAUAGCCAACCUUUUAACAAUUAUUUAUAUCAAAAAUUAAACAAUAAUGUAAGUCAACAAUUACCGCUAAAUUCAUCACAAGUUUUAAAUAAAAAUCAAAUAUUAAAUCAAGGCAAUAAAGAAAUUGAACAACAAAAUUCAAAUAAUAUAUUAAAUAAAAAUAUUAAUUUAAAUAUUCCUUAUUCUUAUAUUCAUGAUACAAAUAAAUAUGUUGAUAACCAUAACAACACUAUUUUGAACACACUCGAUUAUAUUAAACUUAAACAAUUCAAUACUGCUCAAAUAAAUAAUAAUGCCUUAUUAUAUCCUAAUUUAAAUAUCAACACAUUGAAUAGUAUGAAUAAUAUGAAUAAUAUGAAUAAUCAUAAUAAUAAUAAUUUAUCAAAUCAAGAUUUUAAUAAACCAAAUUAUGUUAAUAAUAAAAUGAACAAUAAAUUUACCACAGGUGUCGUAAGUGGAAAUAAUCCAAUAGAUAUUAUGACUACCUCUAUGGAUAUAAAUCAUCAAAAAAAUAUAAAUCAACCAUCAAGUAAUAUAAUACCACCUGUUUCUAUAAAUCAAUCAGCUAACAUAAUUCAAUCUGUUGGUAUAAAUAAUCCAGCAAAUAUCAUAUCAUCAGUUGAUAUGCAUACCAAUGGAUUAGCAAAUUUACAAUUAACCAAUAUGGGUACUAAUACUUUAACAGCCAAUUUAGGUAUAACUAGCCAUCCGCAAUUUAAUAUCACAAAUUUUGAUCGAACACAAAAUAAUCCGUUGAUAUACUGUUCAGAUAAUAGAAAUGUUUCUGACAGAAUUGAAAAUGAAAGUGCAUACCAUUUCAUUAAGGCAAAUAAUGAAUUAAUUUCUAAUAAUCAUUUAUAUAAAGAAAUGUAUAACAAGAGUAAUACUCUUGAUAAUAAUCCGUAUGAUAAUCAAUAUAAAAAAAAAUCUUGUUAUUUGUUAAAUAAUCAAAAUUUAAAUUAUGAUUUAAAUAAAGACGAAAAUGUGGAAAUUAGGAACAACCUAAUUGCAAAUAAAUGUAUGAAUUUAAAUGAAAGCAGAAUGGUAAAUAAAGCAGGUUAUAAUAUUUAUAUACAAGAUAAAAAUAUGUACAAUGAUAACAAAUGUUAUGAUAAAUAUAAUGGUUAUGAUGAAAAGUUAAGAAGAAUUUCGGUUCAUAUGGGAGAUAAGCGUGAAUAUAAAAGAGGUUAUAUUUCAAAUAGGGUAUCUGUAAGGAGUUAUAAUAAUAAUGAUGAAGAUGAUAAAUAUGGUGACAUUUAUAAAUGUGGUGUAUAUGACCAACGUGAUACACAUUUAUAUCGUGAUACAUCUGAUAGACAAUUUGUUAGCUCCUCAAAACGGCUAUCAAAUAAAAAUGAUGAAAGAAAUGUUAGGACUGAUGAAUAUUCAUCAGACUCUGAAAAGGGUAGAAAGCAAAUAUAUAAAAAAUAUACUACAUAUGAUAAUAAAAGGGAUGCAAGAAAUAUACAUUUAAAUAAAAAUAUGUAUAAAGAUGAGAAAAAAAAUAGAAAACAAUAUAUAUCUAAUUAUUCCAAUUCCCGUGCAUCAUCUAACAUGUCUUCUUGUUCAUCUUCAUCUUUCUUUACAAGCGAUUUAAAAGAAAAGACGAAAAAAAGAAAAAUGAAGAAAGAACCUUUAAAUUCUACUGUAAUUAAAAAGAAAAAAAGACCUACUGUCAUUGACUUUUUAAAUGAAAAGUGGAACCGCAGUUCUUAUAAUGAUGAUAUAAGUAAUAAAAGUGUAGAUAGUAUAACAAAAAAAGAGGAAGAAAAAAAAUAUGGUUAUUAUAAGGAUGAAGAAUAUCACCAUGAUGAUGGUGAUGAUAAUAAUUUUGAUAAUGAUAAUUAUGAUGAUGAUAAUUUUGAUAAUGAUAAUUUUGAUAAUGAUAAUUAUGAUGAUGAUAAUUAUGAUGAUGAAGAAGAAUCGAAUGGAAAAAAUAAUUAUUUGUCUUCAUCUACAGAACAUAAAGAAAAUGAUAAAACCAAGAAGGAACAAUAUGUAAACAAAAUGGAGACUAUCAAAGAAUGCGAUAAAAAGGAAGAAACAAAAGAAUCUAAAUAUUUAGCAUACAAUAAAAGUUAUAGUAGAAGUAGCGAGGAAAGUGAUAAAAUAGAAGAGACCAUGAGUGAUCAUAAGAAUGAUAAUAAAAUUAAUAAUAUGAAUGAUAAUAUAUCUAAGGACACCAUUAAACGUAGAGGUCGAAAACCAAAAAUAUUAAACCAACAAAAUAAAAAUAACGUUGAAGGGGGAAUGCCAAACGAGAGUGAAGAAACUUAUGAAAGCUCAAGUUCUAAUAAAAGUUGUACAUUAAAUGAUAGUGUUAAAAAUGUUGAAGAGGUUCAAGGGUAUAGUUUAGAAGUUGGAGAGGAGGAAGAAGAAGAAGAAGAUGAAGAUGAAGAAGAUGAUGAAGAAGAUGAUGAUGAAGAAAAUGAAGAUGAUGUUGAUGAAGAACACCAAAAGAGAGAUAACGAAAAAGAAAAGGAAAUAUAUGACAAAGUGAAUGACAAAAUAAAUAAAGAAAUAUAUAUAAAAAGUGAUACAAAAAAUCAUUCCAAAUUAAAUAAUAUUGUUGAUGAGAGUGGAACACAAAAUGUAGAACAAAAUAAUGAUAUAAAGGAAGAGAAAAGAAAAGAAGAAAUAAAUAAUAGUAGUAAUGAAAGUAUAUUAUCAUCAGAGAAUGAAUCUUAUAGUGAUUAUACAGACAAUUCAAUGGAAGGAGAAUCAGAUGAAGCUUUUGAUUAUUUAAUGGAAUCAUGUUCAGAAGGAAUAACGAGAACGGAUACUUCAUAUAAUAGUAAUAAUAUAUAUGACAAUAUAGAAAAUGAUAUAUGUGAUAAUAAAUUUAAUAGUAUAAAUAUUGGUAGUUAUAAUAAAAAUAGUGUAAUACAUAGUGAUGUAGAGAAUAGUUGUAUAAAAGGAGGAUAUAAAAAGGAAAACAAUAAUAAUAAUAAUAAUAAUAAUAAUAAUAAUGAUAGUAGUACUAAUAAUUGUAGUAGUAAUAAUCAUUGUAGUAAUAAUCAUUGUAGUAAUAAUCAUAGUAAUAAUAUUAAUAAUAUGAAUGAGAAUAUAACAAAUUAUCAUUUUUAUGAUAAUUUAAAAAAUGCGCAAUUAUGUUCAUAUGUGUUAAAUAAAAAAAAGAAAGAUAAAAAUAUAUUGUUAUCAAAAAAUUUUGUAAUUAUAAAAAAUGAUAUACAUAUAAAUAAUAAUAAAUCAUUUCCUUUUUACAGCUUCAAAAGAAAAAUGAAAGAUUUGAUUAAAGAAGAAAAGGAUAAAAAAAAAAAUAUUGAAGAUUAUAAUGAAGAUAUAGAAAGAGAAAAAUAUAUUAAGCAGUAUUAUAUUUAUAAAAAUGUUUUAAAAAAUAUCCGCUGGUAUAAAUCAGAAAAUGAUGAGAAUAAUUUAGAAAUUUGUUUUAUUAAAGAAAAUGAAUAUAUAUAUAGUAAUUUAAAAAAUAUGGAAUAUAUAAAAAAGAAAAAAAUAUUAAUUUAUAUACAUAAGUAUUUUCUUAAAAAGAAAAUUAAUAUAUAUGAAUAUAUAAUAUUAUUAUCGUAUUUAUUUUAUAAGAAAUCUAAAUAUUUAGGUAUUAAUAAAGUAUAUAUGUAUAAUACUAUGAAGAAAUUAUCACCAUAUUUAUGGUUAUUAAAUAAAAAAUGUAAUGAUAUAGAAAUACGUAAUUUUUUUUAUUAUUUAAGUAAUUUAUUCAUAUUACAUGAUUAUUUUAUAUUUAGAAUAAAUAUUUUUUUCUUCAAUUGGUUUUUAUUACAUAUAUAUAAAAUAAAAUUAAAAAAUAUAUCAUAUAUAGAAGAUAUAAAUUUAUUAUCAAAUAUUAUGAUAGCUUUCUUAUCAAAUAAAAAAUUUCUAAAUUACUCUAUGGUUUUUUUAAUAAAUGUUGUAUUACAAAAAAAUACAGGUAAAUCAUUAUAUAAAGGUUUAAAUUAUAAUUAUGUGUGUGCCUUAUAUAUAACUUUUUUUUCAAACAUUAUAUGUUUAUCAGAAGGAUACAAAAAAUAUAUUAUCAAAUGUGAGCAUUUCUUGAACAAAGAUAAUUUAAAUGAUAUAUUGAUAUGUAGAAAAAAAUAUCAAAUGACAGAAAAAAAAGAAAUAAAAAAGGAAUCUCAUAUGAAUGAUACACAUUGUAUACAACAUCAGAAGGACACAAUGAAUAAAAAAUAUAUAAUGAAUAAAUUAAAAAUGAAUGAGAAUAAUACAUCCAUAAGACAAGAUCUGAUCAUGUUGUAUGUUUUAUAUAUGUCUAAGAAUAAUUAUUGUAUAUAUAUAAAUAUUUUGAAACAUGUUUUUAUAGAUGUUAUAAAAUUUAAAUUAAAUUAUAAUUUUAACAGACUUAAAAUGAAGAGUAAGUUUUUAUAUAAAAAAAUUUAUCGAUGUUUGAAAAAUAUAAAAAAAAAUAUGAUUAAAUUAAAUAAGAUGAAUAUGAAACGAAUAAGAAGAAAAAGGAAUAUACGAGGAAAUAACACCAAUGAUAAUAAAAUUGAAGAUGAUAAAAAUAAAAAAAAUAAUAAUAAUAAUAUUUAUAACAAUAAAUGUUAUGAUCAUAUUUUAUACGAAUUUGAUAGUAAUAAAAAUUAUUCAUUUGUAUACUUAUUUAUAGGUAUACUUAUAGAAUAUAUGUCCUUUUCCUUUAACGAUAAAAUUAAUCUAUAUUUUCAAGAAAAACAAUGUUUAAAGGAAGGGUAUACAUCAUUAUUUAUGUAUCUAAAAGAAUAUACAAAUAUCAUUUUCAAAUAUAUGAAAUUUAUUACAAUAGAUGUUAGUAAAAAAUAUGAAAACAUAUGGAUAAGAAAUAUUUUCACCUUAAUUAAUUUAAAAAAAAUGGAUACCUUAGAUAAUUAUUUUGAUAAUCAUUCCAUCGAAAAUGUGGAUUAUAAUAUAUAUGAUGAUUAUAAUGAUAAGAAGAUGAAUGCUGCUCAUAGUAACACUGAAAAAAGUAACACUAAUAAUAAUAAUAAUAAGAGUAAUAUGUUUGAUAGUAUAUUUUUAAAAUAUGGAAAAAUAAAUAUUAAUAACGAAUCAAAUAUAUUUAUGGAGAGUAGUAAAAAUAAUUUAUAUAUAGAACAAAAAUGUGAUGAACAAAAUAAUAUAUUAUCAUUAUUUAAUAAGGAUAUAAAUAAUGUAGAUAAUAAUAAAAUAAAUGUGAAUACUAUUCAUGAUGAAGAAGAAAAAAAUUAUAAUUGUGGAAAUAUUGAAAACAGUGUUGAUAUCAAAGAGUUAAAUAAAUUAAAUAUACAUGAUAUAAAAAGUAAUAUGAUGUGUAAAGAAAACAAUAAAUGUCAUAGUUUAAUAUAUGAGAAUAACAAAUUUGAGGAUUAUAAAACUUUUAAUAAGGAUAUAUCUAAUAUAAGUGAAAUAAAAGACAAGAGUAAUAAUAAGAAAAAAUUAACAAAUUAUUAUAAUAAUUAUAAUUUUAUAGAAACUACUUUUUAUAUGUUAUGUAAAUGUUUAUUAUUAUUUAAUAAGAAUAUAUUAUUUCGAACAAUAUUUGAUAUAUUAUUUUUAUUUUUUAUUAAUAAAAUAAGAAUAGAAGUACUUGUUCAUUUUUUAUCAAUCAUAUAUACAAAAAAAAAAAGUAACUUGGGUAAAAUAAUAAAAAAUAUUUUAAUAAAAAAUAAGAAUGCUUUUCUUUUACAAAAUAUUUAUGUAAUAAAUUAUUUAUUAAAAAAAAAUAUAUUCAACAUGGAUGAUGAUAUAUAUUUUGAUGAUACAAAAAAUAUAUCUAUGGUACCUUUUUAUUCAUUUUAUUUUUCAAGAUGUGAAAUACAAAAGAGAAAUAUAUUAAAUAAAAAAGAAAAAAAAAAAAACGAAAUAUUAAAUAUAUGGAAUACCUCUAAUUCUGUAGACUCGCGUUUAUAUAUGAAAUGUUGUUCUUGUAUUUUUUUGUCAUAUAUUAUUUUUUUUUCUUUAAUUUUUAAGAAUUUUGAAAUGUAUUAUAUGCACUUUACUAAAUUUUCUUUUAACUUGAAAAAUUUAUCUCAUUACAGAAAAAUAAAAAUGAAGAGACAAAAAACGGACAAGGAAAAAAAAAAAAAAAAAAAAAAAAAAGCUAUUAUGGAGGAUAUAUAUAUGAAUAAACAUAAAUAUUAUGAUACAACAAUGUCUAAACAACAUGAAAUGAAAAAUAUGUUAAUGAAUGAUAUGAAAUAUUUUAAUCAUAAAAUUCAAACAAAUAAUGAUAAUAAUAAUAAUAAUAAAGAGAAGGACAAUAAAAAUGAUCUUUUUGGUGAUCAUAUUUUUUUAUUUGAAAAUCUAAAUGAUGAUAAUUUAUUUUAUUAUAUUUUAUAUCCUAUGAAAUAUAUAUCAAAAAAAAAAGACAUUCUGAGUAGUAGUGAUACAAAAGAUGAUACGUUUUUAUUUUUAAAUAAAAAAAUGUUAUGUAUAUAUUAUAAUAUUCAGAAUAAAUAUGAAAAGGGUAUACCUGAAUGGAAUUUAUUUGGAUUGAAAAAUGGUCACAUUAAUAUAAGUGAUAAUAACAUAAUAAAUAAUAAUAAAAGUAAUAAUAAUAAUAGUAAUUACUGGUGGUCUAUAUCCAAGGGAGAUGACUUAAAAAAACAAUUUGAUAAACAUACAAAUACAUAUGACGAACAUAUAUAUACUAUCAUAAAUAAUUAUAAUCUUCAUGUUACAGACAAAAUGUUAUAUGUAUUAAUGUUGAUGUUUAAUAAUCAUAUUGUUAAAGAAAAAAAACAAGAAAAUGAUCAUAAUGUUGUAGGGAUAGAAAAGAACCCAGAUUGUAAUUUAUUUAAUAAUAUAGAAAGAAAUGUAGAAAUAAACGAAAAAAAUGUAAUAGAAGAAUUUUAUUUCUUGGAUGAAUAUACUGCUUAUCAUAUUUUAUAUAUAUUAUAUGAAACAAAAAAUAAAUAUGAUGAUGUAAAUAUUACAAAUGUAUAUACAAAAAUGCAUGGGGGUAUAUUAAAAAUAAAUUUAGAUAAGAAAUAUAAAAAGAAAUUAUGUAGUAAUAAUAAAAAUCAUAUGGAUAACAAUAUAAAUAGAGCAGAACGAAUUUAUGAUCAUUAUAUGAAUGUUAUGAGUUUUAUUGAUAAAUGGAAUAAAAAUAAUAUAGAGUAUAAUAAUAAAAAAAAAAAAACAAAUAUGAAAAGUAGAAGAAAUAAAUAUACAAAUAUUGUUAUAGAUAUAUAUCCAUUAAUAUUUAUGUCUUUAGUCAAAUUAUUAAAGGGUACAAUAAAAAUUAAUGACAAUGUGCAAACAAAAUCAUUUGAUGUAAAGAAUGAAAUUUUUCCUUUGAAUUUACAAAUAUAUGUUGAAUUAAAUACUAAAGAUGAAUAUGAACAGAUACAUGAAAUAUCUAUUUCUCAUGGAGAUCUUAUAUCUUCUAAUUAUAAUGCUCUAAAGAAUUGUCUAUGUACUGAAUUUUUUUCAACAAAGAAUGAAUGUAACAUGAAUAAAAAGCAUAAAACUAACAAUGUAAGUAAUAAUUUUAUAAAGAAUAAAUAUAUUAAUGAUACAUAUAAAAAUUGUAGUUCUAAUAAAUUAAAAAGAGAUAAUAGAAAUUGUAUAUCCCACCCCCCCAAAAAAGAUAGAAAAUUUUGUGAUAUAUUAAGAAAUUAUGAUGAUAUAAAUUAUUCGAUAUAUGGAAAUUUGAUUGUAAAAUUAUUAUAUAAAGAAAUAAAAAGUGAUUUUUUCUUAUGUCAAGAAUAUUAUGAUAAGAAUUUAUACAUAUAUAGAAGUUUAUUAAUAAUUUUGUUGAAUAAAUAUUUUUGUUCAGGUUAUAAUUUUUUCUCUUUUAAAAAAAAGUUUGUCUUUUUCUUUAUUCAAAGAUUGUUUAGAUUAUUGUGUUUUAGAUUGAUGUGUUUGUUUCUUUCAGCUGUUCAUUUGAAUAAGUUUACGAGUGAAAUAAUAAUUAUAGAUGAUAAGAUUUUGAUAGAAAACUAUCAACUGCAUGUAAAAAAGAAGAGGAGGAUACAAAUGAAAGAGGAUGGGACCAAAACGCGAAAGCGUUUCUUUGAUAAAAAAUCGUAUAAUCUGUAUAAGAAUUAUACUGAAAAUUUUUAUUUUAAUUCUAAUUUGUUGGAAUGUAUGGAAGAUGUGAUGAGUGACGAGGUACAAGUGGACGAUGAGGAUGAAGAAGACGAAAAUAUUGAGGAAGAUGAAAAUAUUGAAGAAGAGGAUGAGCAAGAGGAAGAUGAUUAUGAUGAAAAAGAAGAUGAGCAAGAAGAAGAUGAUUAUGAUGACAAAGAAAAUUAUGGUGAUAUAGAAAACAUUUAUUAUCAUAAAAAAGAAGACACAGAAAAAAACAAUUUUGUAUCAAAGUUAAAGAAUGAUGAUGAUAAUAUUAUGAAGACAUAUUUAGGAGGUAUAAAAAAGAAGAAGAAAAAGAAAAAGAUUAUUAUUUAUAAGCCAUUUGUAGCCUUUGGAAGUUUAAUUAUGACAAAAAGGGAAGUAUUAAAAUUGAAAUUAUUGAAAGAAGAGGAAAUUAAAAAGGAAAAUAUAUAUAUAAAUAAGAGUAUAUUAAAGAAUAAGAAUAAGAGUAUUCACCUGAAAAACAUUCCAAACAUAAACAAUAAUAACAAUAAUAAUAAUAACAAUAAUAAUAAUAAUAACAAUAAUAAUAAUAAUAAUAAUAAUAAUGAAAAUUUUUAUAAUAAUAAUUCUUAUAAUUAUGGCAAUAAUUAUUAUUCAAAUGAACGUAUUGAUAAAGAUUCCAUACACAUGUCGAUCAUAUCCAUUAUCGUCUUUUUAAACGUACUAAGAAAGAACUGUAAUUAUUCUCUUAUGAUAAAUUUUUAUAUAAAUAUGUUAAUAGAAAAAUUUUUAGAAAAGAAGAAAUAUAUGCAUAUUGAUGAUUAUUAUUUAAUAAAUAGUUAUUCAGUAAAAUUAAUAAAUCCUUUACAUAAUUUCCAUAAGGUUGAAUUUUAUAUAUGUAGUGAAAAUAAUUCAAUAAAAAAAAAAAUGGAACAAAUUAAUAAUGGAUAUAAAUUUUAUUCAUCAUCAUGUAAAUUAAAAAUAUUUGAAAUAAUAUUUUAUUAUACAUUAAAAGUUUAUUUAUGUUUUAUAAAUAAAAAUUACAUAGGUACCUUUAUAUCAAAAAUAGCAAGAAUGAAUAAUAUAUAUACUAAUGAAAAUAUUCAUUUUAAAUUUAAAAUUAAUAAAUUACUUUGUAAUACAUUGAAUAAUUUAUUAAUUGAACAAAUGAUUAAUAUGAAAUUAAAUAAGAAUAUUUUAAUCAAUAUUAUAUCGGCAUGUAAGUUUUUUUUUAUAUCUCUUCUGGAUGAAAAUGAAUGUCCUCUUAUACUUUUGAAUGAUUAUGUUCUUGAUAUAUCGGAUUUUAUACAGACUAAUUAUAAUCCUUCAUUGAAUGACCGACGUAUUAUAAAACAAUCUCAAAGUUGUGUUCAAAAAAAAUCUCUCUAUGUUGUGGGAAAUUCACAAGGGUAUCAAUUCUACUCCUUGGAGGAUGAAAAAUAUACAUGUGGGGAGUAUAUAAUGGAUGAUAAAAAUUCAAAAUCUGAUUGUACAUAUGAAUUGGUUAAUUCAAAUAUUGUAUCUAAGGAUGAUAUAAAACAAGUUGAAGAUAUACAACAUGUGGAUAACAAACAAAAUGUAAGUUCCUUUCCUCAUAAUAAUAUCCCACAUUAUGAUGACAAAAAAGUGUAUAUUCCACUACAUGAUGAAAUAAAGAAUAAAGAUUGUGCUAACAAUUAUAUAUGUAAUAAUAAGGACACACUAAAUAUAUAUAAUAAUAAUAAUAGUAAUAAUGUGAUGAUAAGAAAUUGUCCUAAUUCAAGUGUAAACAUAAUAUAUAAAAGAAAAAUGAACAUAAAUUAUGAAAGCCAUUAUUAUAAUAAUAAUAAUGUGGGUAUAAUGAGAAACCGUGUAAUAUAUAUGAAAGCUAAUGAUAUAAAUAAAUUAAUUUACUCCUUUGAAAGGUUAAAUGCAAAUAUUUUUGAUUGUGCUGAAUAUAUAUAUAAAAAUAUUUUUAAAAAUAAAAAAGAAAAAAUAAAUGAUGAAAAAAAAUUUUAUAAAAAUAUUUAUUUAUGGUAUCUCAAUUGUAUUCAUAUUAUUAAUUUGCAAAUAUAUGUUAUGUGUCACUUUUAUAACAGUUAUCAUAAUACUACAAUUCAUAUAAAAAAUAAGAAGAAAAAUUUAAACACAAAUAAUAUGAACAGUAAUAAUAAUAUUAUUUAUCAUUCUUUACAAAUUAAUAUGAAUAUAAUAAAAAGUAUUAAUAACGUUAAACAUAAUAUUGAAAGAUAUUUAAACGAAACUAAGCAAUAUUAUGAAAUUAUAAAAAAUAAAGAACAAAUAAAGGAAGAAAAAAAAAAAAAAGACAAUAAAAAUGAAAUAAAAUAUUCUCUUGUACAAAUUAAUGAAACCGAUACAAAUGUAUUCAAUAUAACAAAUGAGGAAAGUAUAGAAGAUUAUGAAGAAUUAAAUUCAUUUUUAGAUUUUGAUUUAGAUAAACAAUCAGGAAUAUUGUUGGAAGGUGCUACAACAAAUACAAAUAAUAAUUUAUUAAAUCAAAAGGUUAAUGAUAAUAUUUAUAAAAUGUCUAAUUAUUUAGUGGAUGAGGACUGGUUAAUGUAUAUACGCUCUCUAAUCUGA